CCAACACAUACUUAUCCAUUUUUCACCAUGUUUAGAGCAAAUACCUAUAGGAAAUAUAAAUUUUUAUUAAGAUAUUUUGGAAUUAAAUUUCAAAAGCAUGUCGACAUGUCAAUUUCCAGUCGAAUCUGGAACGUGGCCGACUUUGCGCUUAAUCUUGCUCUUUGCAUAAUCUUCAUUAUUAACUCUACGUAUGUGGACAAGAACAAAACCCCGGCCAGAAUCCCAGAGUCCAACAGGCUUAUUGAGCUUGUGCUUGCCCUCGUUUUCCUGGGCCAAUACAGUGCAAAGUAUGCGUUCCUCAGUAGAACAUAUUGGAAAUUGGAGCAUGUCGUGGUGUUUUUUACGUCCGUCAGUCCGGUAGCGGCGUUUAUAAUAAGCACAGACAGCGAGUUUGUGCGCAACAGCUACAUGAGCGCAGGGACCAUGGUUAUAUUCUAUCCAAUUCGGUUUCUUAGGCUUUUUUAUGCGUUCAAGCGGCUACUGGCAAUUGUUGCAGCAUCGAAAAAGUACAUCCGUCUAUCCUUGAUCAGAAAGGAGGUUGUGUCCCUUGCGGGAGACAUACUCAUUAGUGUACUCUUUUUUGCAAGCCUUGUGCACUCCGGACUUAACUGGUUCAGUCAGUUCAAAAAAUAUCAAUCUCCUAGCUUUACAUUCCUCGAUGCCAUCUACUUUAUUGUC